CCUUCUCUCUCUACAAAAUGUACAAAAAUCUUUCCUUUCUUCUUUCUCUCUAGAAAGUCUACACAAAGAAAGAAAGAGCUAUAAAUAGACAGAGAAGAAGAAGAAGAGUAAACAAAACAAAUUCCCAACACUUCCACUCCUUCGGGAUUCGAAAAAUUUUCCGAAAGCUGAAGCGGCCAUUCUCCGGCCAAAUCUCUCAGGGAUCAGGAAGAUGGGGAGAGGAAAGAUCGAGAUCAAGAGGAUUGAGAACACCACCAACCGUCAGGUCACCUUCUGCAAGCGCCGCAACGGCCUCCUCAAGAAAGCUUAUGAGCUCUCUGUUCUCUGCGAUGCGGAAGUUGCUCUGGUCGUCUUCUCCAGCCGCGGCCGCCUUUACGAGUACUCAAACAACAACAUAAGAUCAACCAUAGAGAGGUACAAGAAGGCAUGCUCAGACAGUACAGGCACAAGUUCAGUUACUGAGAUCAAUGCUCAGUAUUAUCAACAAGAAUCAGCAAAGCUGCGACAGCAAAUUCAAAUGCUACAGAACUCAAACAGGCACCUAAUGGGUGAUGCCUUAAGUAACUUAACAGUGAAGGAGCUAAAACAGCUGGAGAACAGGCUUGAACGAGGCAUUACUCGAAUCAGGUCAAAGAAGCAUGAAAUGUUGCUGGCUGAAAUUGAGUACUUCCAGAAAAGGGAGAUUGAGCUGGAAAACGAAAGCGUUUGUCUGCGAACCAAGAUAGCAGAAGUUGAGAGGUUUCAGGAAGCCAACAUGGUAACUGGACAAGAGCUCACAGCCAUCCAGGCUUUAGCUUCUCGCAAUUUCUUUAGUCCUAAUGUCAUGGAAGGCGGCACUGCCUACUCACAUCCUGCAGACAAGAAGAUGCUUCAUCUUGGGUGAAACAGAUGGAGAUUACCAAAUCUGAAUUGCAUGGGUGUGUUUUGAUAUUACCGUAUGUAUGAAAUAAAAGGUGUAAAAUAUUUACUAGUAAGUAUUGUGAUGGAGUUGCUGUCCCAGCAGGGCUACUAGUUUGCUUAAAACUCUGAACAACUACUAUGUGGUAUUUUGAACUUAUUAACAUGAAUUAUUAAUAUGGAUAUGUUUCUUUUGGAGACUAUUUAAUUAAUUUUAUGAUAUGGG